GAGCGAAGGCAGGGAGGCGGGCGGAGCUGCCGCGGCGGAGGCGGUCCGGGUGCCCAUCCCGCGCCGGAGAGGGGGGGGCCUUGGUCGGAGCAGGCGGGGGGAGGAGGGGGGGGGCGGCGGCGGCCCGUGUCUUCCCCAUUGUCUGCAGCCCGCGAAGGGGGGGAGGAGGCGGGGAGCCCAGCGGCGCGCCGGGAAGGGAGGCGGGCCCGGGAGGGAGGGCCCGAGGAGCCGCAGCCAGCCGGGGAGGCGGGCGGGCGGGCGGGCCGGGGGUCGUCGGGGCCGCCAUGGAGCCGAAGCACCAGGAGCUGCUGGGGCAGUGCCGGCAGAGCCUGGCGCAGGCCAUGAGCGAGGUGGACCGGGUGGUGGAGCUGCUGGAGGCGGCCGGCGCCCUGGGCCCCCACGACCUGCGGCAGCUGCGCGAAGCCGCCGCUCUCGGCGGGGCCGGGGAGGAGGGGGCCGAGGGGCAGCAGCAGCCACAUCUGCCCGGGGCCCCCCCGCCCCCGCCGCCGCCGCCGUCCCGCGUGCGCAAGGCCGAGGCGCUGCUGCAGCUGCUGCUGGGCAAGGAGCGCGACCACUUCCAGGACCUGCGCGUGGCCCUCGAGAAGACCCAGCCCCACCUGCUCGCCACCCUCUACCUCAACCACGCGGGAGGGGAGCCCCCCGGCGCCAACGCCCCCAACGCCCAGUCCGCCGACGCCGCCGGGUCAACUUACAGUGUCUUGUCCAUCAUGCCAUCGGACUCGGAAAGUAGCAGUUCUCUAAGCAGUACCGGUACGACGGGCAAAGCCUCAUCGCCUCCGCCUGCCAUUAUAGACGUGAGGCAGUUGAAUGAGAAGCUGGAGACGGUUCUGUUUCAGCUCCGCCAGGUUACCCGUGAGCGGGAUGAAUUGCGGAAGCGCCUUGCACUUUCCUCUCCUGGGUCAACCUUUGAUGACUGCAGGCCGAGCCCCAAGCCGAACCACGAUUACGAACGACUGAAGGUUCAGUGCAUGAAAGCCAUGUCAGACCUGCAGUCUCUACAAAACCAGCACACCAAGACGCUAAAAAGAUGUGAAGAGGCUGCCAAGGAGGCUGAUUUUUAUCAUACCUUACACAGCCGCCUGCUUAGUGACCAGUCCCAGUUGAAGGAGGACAUGGACACCUUGAAACGGAAGAACAGCCAGCUGGUACGAGAACACAACCACCUCCAGCAGUCGUGCGAGGAAAUGAAGAGGCUUCAUGACGAGGAUCAGAAAGAGAUCACAGAUUUGCGCAGUCAGCAGCAGCAGGUUAUGAAGCAGAACGGGUCGUCGGAGAUACUCAACAAACUCUACGACACGGCGAUGGACAAGCUGGAAGGCGUGAAGAAGGACUACGACGCGCUGAGGAAGCGGUACAACGAGAAGAUUGCCAGCCACAACACCGACCUGAGCCGGCUGGAGCAGGCGGAAGAGGAGAACCGGCGCCUGCAGAAGCAGAUGGACGCGUUGAUGAAGCAGCGAGACACCGCCGUCCAUUUCCAGCAGCAGUACUCCUCCUCCCUGAGAAGAUUUGAGACAGUGCAGCAAGAACUCAGCAAAGCCACAGCCCAAAACAAGGAGCUGCAGAGGGAAAUGGAGCGCUUGCAGUCAGAGGUGACAAGGUUCAAGACGAUGCAGCUGAAGGCACUGAAGGAUGCUGAGAAACACAAGGAAGAACGAGACUCCGUGUUCAGCGAGUAUCGCCUCAUCAUGAGUGAGAGGGACCAGGUCAUCAAAGAGGUGGACAAGCUGCAAACGGAGCUGGAGCUGGCGGAAUCCAAGCUGAAGAACACGUCCUCGGAGAAGAGGGUGGCCAGUGAGGAGAUGGAAGCUUUGAGACAGGAGCUCAACUCGGCUCUGGUGGAACGUGAUCGCGCCAUCUGCGAGAGGAACGAGCUCUUGGAAAAGUACUGCCACGAAGUGAAAGACAAGGCCGAGGCCCAGAAGGAGCUUGAUCAAGCGUGCAAGGAUAUUGAGACGGUGAAGGAAGAGAGAGACGUGGCCAGGAAGGAGAGGACGGAAGCCAUCAUCCAGAGGGACCAUCUGCUGAGAGAGUACUAUCAAGCUCGUCAGAUACAAGAUUCUGCCACUCUGGAUAUUGAAAGAGCUAACAAGGAAAUCGACAUGCUUCGAAAGCAGUAUGAAGCCAUGUCUCAGGAGCUAAAAGAAGCCGUCCAGGAAGCAGAAGUCGCCAAGUGCAGGCGAGAUUGGGCCUUCCAGGAACGUGACAAGAUCGUUGCGGAAAGAGAGAGCAUACGGACUCUGUGCGACAACUUGAGGAGGGAGAGGGACAGGGCGGUCAGCGACUUGGCAGAGGCCCUUCGCAACCUGGACGACAUGAGGAAGCAAAAGAACGAUGCUGUGCGUGAACUGAAAGAGCUGAAAGAAAAGAUGGAGAAUCAGUUGGAAAAGGAAGCCAGGUUUCGGCAGUUGAUGGCCCACAGCUCUCACGAUUCGGCCAUUGAUACCGAUUCGCUGGAAUGGGAAACGGAAGUUGUAGAGUUUGAGAAGGACAGGGAAGACAUGGAUUUGAAAGCUCUUGGGUUUGACGUGGCUGAAGGUGUGAAUGAGCCGUAUCUUCCUGGUGACUGCGGAAUAUUUGUCACCAAAGUGGAUAAAGGAAGUAUUGCAGACGGGCGCUUACGAGUGAAUGAUUGGCUGCUGAAGAUAAAUGACAUGGACCUCACCAAUAAGGACAGGAAGCAAGUCAUGAAGGCUGUGCUUAAUGGCGGAGGAGUUAUUAAUAUGGUCAUUCGCAGAAGGAAGUCUUUAGGAGGGAAGGUGAUAACGCCUCUGCACAUCAGUCUUUCCGGCCAUAAAGAUAGUGGGAUUAGUCUAGAAAACGGAGUGUUCGUUGCUGCGGUAGUUCCUGGUAGCCCAGCUGCCAAAGAAGGAUCCCUCUCAGUAGGAGACAGGAUAAUUGCUAUAAACGGCAUUGCACUAGAUAACAAAUCACUGACUGAAUGUGAAGCCUUGCUGCGGAACUGCAGGGAGUCCCUUACGCUUUCAUUGAUGAAGGUUUUUCCUCAGAGCUCAAGUUCGUCUUGGAGUGGUCAAAACAUAUUUGAAAACCUCAAGGAUUCGGAGAAAAUAUCCAACUGCAGGGUCCAUACAUCGGACGUGCAGGCUCAGAAUAAAAGGAAUUUGAAACACAACAGCUCUACCCAAACAGACAUUUUCAGCCCAGACAUCAUGGAUGUGAAGAAGGAUCCGAGUGACCAGGAAGGCGUCUUGUACGGCGAUCUCAAGCCCUUCCCCAGUAGUGUUUUGCAUGCUGACUCUCACCAUAGCUCGGUCCACGGUUACCACAGUAACUCCGAACACAGCCUCGGCUCCUUUAAUCCGGAUGUGUACAGGGAGAUGAGCUACGGGAUUGUGAACCUGGACAACAGAAGGUUGCCAUUUGAGCCCCCAGUCGCAGACUGCAUGAUGGUGGAGGGCCCGCUGGACAAAGAGCAUGCUGGGAAACACAGUGGCGGCACCUGGCCUAAAGUGAUGGUCAACAUUGCCACUGCAGAAACGGAAAAGUUUUCGGUGUACAAGAAGCCAAAACAGAGGAAGUCCAUCUUCGAUCCUGACACCUUCAAAAGGCCUCUGACUCCUCCCAAAAUGGACUAUUUGUCUCCCAAUCAGGUGUUAGGACACUCGCCCCAACCUUCCAAAACAGAAGCCAUUUCAACCCCUCCCACGCCUCCCAAGAGAAGUGACUCUAUUAAAUUCAAACACAAACAGCAAGCGAGCUCCACCUCGGACUCGACUGUGACGACCGGCUCCCCCCCUCCCAGCCCAGCUACCGCCCAGCCCCCUCUUUCCGUCGACCUCAAGCCAGACUGUGGCACUCACAAGGGGCGAGGCAGGCCUUCCGGGCACUACUACAGGGACGAAGGGCUGGACUCGGCUCACUUGUCCUCGAGGAAAUCGUGUGAAGAUGACGUCGGCUUUCAAAGAGUGCAAGAGCCUGAGAUGAAAAGGCCCAGGCCCAAAUCUGCACCUGCCUUGAGGCAUAAAUUAACACCUAUGCCCAUUCCUAACCCAUCUCACCAGGGCAGGGAGACCAGCAUCUCUGUAGCUUCUGUGUUUGUUUCUCCUCUCUUUCGUUCUAAGUGUGUUUCUUUUUUUUCUUUUCUGCACCCCUCUGCAUCUUUCAGAUACUUGUUCCGUAAUAGGUCUUUUCUGAGAAUCCCUGUGGUUCCUAGGCCAAAGUUCUGUUCACUCAGGAGUCUGAGACCAUACAUGGAAGAGCCACGGCACGUGAAAGUACAGAAGGGCUCCGAACCUCUCGGGAUUUCAAUCGUGUGCGGCGAAAACGGCGGCAUAUUUGUGUCAAAAGUCACGGGGGGGAGCAUCGCCCAUCAAGCCGGCCUCGAAUAUGGCGAUCAGUUGUUGGAGUUUAAUGGGAUAAACCUACGGAAUGCUACAGAACAGCAAGCUCGUCUGAUAAUUGGGCAACAAUGUGAUACCAUAACAAUUCUGGCACAGUAUAAUCCACACAUGUUCCAGCUGGGCAAUCAUUCACGUUCAAGCUCCCGCCUAGAACCCGUGAGCAGCCAUUCCACUCCGCAAGGCAGUGGGGCCGCCACCCCUGACAGCCAUUCAGUGAUUGAUACUGUGAGUGAACAGGACGAAGGGACCAUGACACCCCCAUCCAAACAGACCACGCCCACGACCAGCCCCCGCAAUUCAAUCAGGAAUUCCCUGGACACAAGCAAGAAGACCCCUGAACCUAGAACGGUUGUCAUCAAGAAGUCCCAAGCAGACCUUGGAAUCCAAAUCUGUGGUGGGAACCUGUAUGGAAUAUUUGUGUCAGAUCUAGAAGAAGACAGCCCUGCCAGAGGGCCCGACGGACUGGUACUAGGAGAUAUGAUCCUUGAGUAUGGCUCUGUUGACAUGCGGAAUAAAACUGCCGAGGAAGCUUACCUUGAAAUGCUGAAGCCAGGAGAAAGCAUCAGGAUAAAAGCCCAAUGCAGAAUACAAGAAUACAACAGGAUCAAAGAGUCACCGGGAGAUGGGUUCUACGUCAGAGCACUUUAUGACCGGCUUGCAGAAGUAGAACAGGAUUUGAGCUUUAAGAAAGAUGACAUCUUGUACAUUGAUGACACGCUGCCGCAGGGGAACUUUGGUUGUUGGAUGGCAUGGCAGCUGGACGAAAACGCCCAGAAGUUGGAAAGAGGACAGAUCCCCAGCAAAUACAUGAUGGAUCAGGAGUUCCAGAGGAGGCACAGUAUGUCCGAGGCAAAAGAUGAGAACAGCUCCACAAAGACGUCAUCAGCAGCCGCUCGGAGGUCGUUUUUUAGGAGGAAACAUAAACACAAACGCAGCGGGUCUAAAGAUGGAAAGGAUUUUCAGGCGCUCGAUACCAUCAGCACAGACUCCAUUCCUUUCUUGGAUGAUGCUGUGAGCUUGGCUUAUCAACGAGUCCAGAAAGUGGACUGUGCGUCUCCAAGACCUGUUCUUAUCCUGGGGCCACUGCUUGAUGCUGUGAAGGACAUGCUAGUCAAGGAAUCUCCUGGGAGAUUUUGCAGGUGUCCUCUUGAGGUGAUGAAGGCCUCUCAACAGGCCAUCGAGCGGGGAGUGAAAGACUGCCUGUUCAUCGACUACAAGCGCAGGAGCGGGCACUUCGACGUGACGACAGUUGCCUCGAUAAAGGAGAUAACGGAGAAGGAUUGCCACUGUCUCUUGGACAUCGCGCCACACGCCAUUGAGCGGCUCCACAGCAUCCACAUCUACCCGAUCGUCGUCUUCAUUCGCUACAAAAAUGCCAAGCAGAUCAAGGAGCAAAAAGACCCCAUCUUUCUUCGGGACAAAGUUACCCAGAAACAUUCCAAAGAACAGUUUGAGACUGCUCAGAAGAUGGAACAGGAAUAUAGCAAAUUCUUUACAGGUGUUGUCCAAGGUGGUCCUCUUUCGACCAUUUGCACUCAGAUCAUGAUGACCGUGGAUCAAGAGCAGAACAAAGUCCUGUGGAUUCCAGCUGGCCCUUUAUAGAUGCCUGCUACGAAAUGGCUGAAAUUCUGCAAAAGACUGAAAAAAUAAACUGUGAAGGGUGGGGCAGCCUGUUGAUAACUGCCUUUAUGGGGGGGUGCAGUUUAUAGAUCUACAUGAGCCGCACUCUGCAGAACAUCUCCUUGGAAGGCAGAAUUCUGUUGGCAGAAUUCUCAGAGAUCUGUUUCAACGCAAAUGGACUAAUACAGAAUUCCUCUCUUUCCACAAAAAAAAAAAGACUUUGCAAGGCUACAGAAAAAGUGAAAGAAACCCUUUAAAAUACGUUUACAAAAUCCUCCCCCGCCCCCCAAAGUACUUGGAGGUUCAUUUUUACUUGAAUUUUUUUUUUUUACUAUUAGUUCAAAGUUGGGGUUUUUGUUUUGUUUUGUUUCUGGUUCAUUUAGUUCUCCACUUCUGGUAUGAGAAGCAAGCACCAGAGUGGAGUUUCUUCACCCCGAGUGAGUUUAAUCUUGCCACGGUAUAGGCCUCUCACUUGGCGACAAACCUUUCACGUCUGAACAAUUGCACAAAUUGUGAACGAGUUCUCUUACCAUAAGGGUAAUGCGUGUUUUCGGAGUGGAUUCCAGGCUGGUAGCGGCCCUCACUCCCAAACAAAUGGGUCGAGGACUACAAGUUAUUAGAGUAGAUUUCACAGGCUCUUUGUCCAUCAAGAGUUCCUGGGUUCUUUUAUCCAUGGAUCUAUGAUUUAAUGUUAUAACAUAUCUGAUCAAGCUGUGCUCUUUGUGUGUGUUCAGGAAUAGUAAUUUUGAAUUGCUGCGCCUGUGUUUAAACAGCAGAUAAGAAGGGUUAACAGCAGGCCUCAGACGGCGUUAUUGUAUGGCCCCGUGGAGGUCGCCUGCUCUGUCGGAAGCGGACGUCACUCAUUCUUUGGUGUGGAGUAGUUUUAGGGAUUUUAAUUUAAUUAGAAGCACAGUCUCAGUUUUUUAGGGAUCUGAUAAUCUCUAGUGAGGUCUUAUACUUGUUAGUUUUUUGCCUCUGUCAACAAAUAUAGUGUAUGUUUUUUUAAAAAAAAUGUUACAAUGCUUAUUUCCUGAUGGUACCAGAUUCUGUUGUAUGUUUCUCUUUGCACUUCUAGCCUUGUGUUCCAGCAGUGUGUGUUUAUUUUUUUCUCUGUUAAAAAAGAUUGCAUGUCAUGUUUUUGUAGGUACUGUAACUUUAUUGUCAGUGUUCAAGUAUUGUUUGCAUUGUGAUACCUGUUCCUAACAUUUCAUAAUGUAGAAAGAUCCCUUCCCCCCUUUUUUGGAUUUCCCCCUUCAAUUUUUAGUUUUGCUUUUAUUUUGCAUUAAUUUAAAAAAAGGGAUUCUUCUUGCACAGUUGUUCAAAGACAAAAAAUCGGUUUGAAAUUUUAACCUCUGUUUUGCAGAUACUAUUUUAUAGUUCAAAAUACAGGAGAGAGGAAAGGAGAGGGAAAAGAUGUAGAAAGCCUAUUGAUAAAUUCUUAGUUGAAGACCUGUUUAUAAGUUGAGGGACAAGCAGUUAUAUAUUUUUUUAAAGAGAGAGGCCAGAGUUGAACUUCAGUGGUACGCUUGAAACAGACCGGUACUGUUGCAACAUGGAUUUUUCUAUACUAAAAAAGUCACUUUGUAUUCAAAACAUUAAAAAAAAACCUGAGUAUUGUGUUCAAAUAAAGGUCAAUUUCUAUAA